AUGUCUGGCAUCGAAGUUACCGGAGCAUUCUUGGGAGCCUUGCCCUUCCUCGUUUCUAUAAUCCAAGGAUAUGGCGAUGGAGUAUAUUUCAUCACUCAGCGUUCGGCAAAGUACCGGUGGCGUUUACUUCAAUAUGGACAUUUCAAGACGUGGAUCUUGUACACUUUCUUUUUCGAUGCAUUCGCCAUUAUGGACAGAGUUGAAAGCCAUAUACGAAAGGCAGAUGAGAAGCACGUUAUUGCCUUUAUUCAGUCACAAACAUCGAGUUUUAACAUGAUUGGAAUUGCUGCAAGUAUACGAACGGCUCUUCAUUCACAUCAUGUGCUUAUUCUUCGAGAUCAGGGAGCCAUCAUCGCGCAAGUUGCAAUCUCAGCCAUGAGUCUGACAAACAUCGCAGACUCACACUGGACAGCUCAUGCCUUUUUCAUUGUCAGCCUAGUCACGGGCAGCCUUUCUGUCUUCUUUUCUUGCGCCAUCAGCCUUCUCAUCAACGGACUACACAGUUCCGAUGACAUCAAAGAUUUCGUCUUCUUACCCUCAUCACGGAGGAUGGGCUACAGAAUAGAGAAAGCGAUUGAGCGUCGGAAGAAGGGCCAGAACAUUGAGUCGGCCGAGUUCACAAAACUCAUCAGUCUCCUCGACGGAGACAAUCGAAGCGUAGCUUCACCUUAUGCGGCCGUUAUGAUUGUUGUCCCGAGAUCCCUUCUCAACGUCGCACUAAAUGCCUUUCUGAUGGGCCUAGGAAUCUAUCUUGGCAAGCUGUAUACUGCAAAACUCGUGCCUGAGUACGGGUUAGGAUCUGUUGGGAUUCUGACAUUCUAUCUCGUCAGUGCUUUGUGCGGCAUCGCCAUGUACUCCAUUCCACAGAGCCUGCACUCUCGAGAGACGUCAAAAGUAGAGAAAUGGCACGAAAUUCUGGCAGACUACGCAAAGGAAUCAACGGAAACUUCUAGGCAGUCUAGAAACGCGAAACAGAAACACGCUGCCGCUGAGGAGGCUACCGCUCUACCACCAGCUGCCACUUCAUAUCCCUCUGGCGAAAAUCUGGGUUCAUCCCACGAUUCAAAUACCUCCUUGGAUGUGAUCGAAGAGCUCAUGCGCCCAAGGAUAAUCACUACGCGGCAAGAACUAACCCAUGUGUCUGAACCCAACAAUACCAUACCUAAAGCGCCCUCAACUCUCUCUUCCACACCGACAUCCUCAAGUUCCAACAACGCACAUGAGCCCAACACCCCAUCCCCUCCCAGUGGAGAAGAGCAUUUCGAACAACUCCCUCAACCCCAAACAUCACAGCCACCAAACACCCCCAGCGACCUAGGAGCAGUAAGUCCAAUCGAACACGCAUCUCCUCUGGCGGAUUCAGCGACACGGGAGAAGUGCAAAGACACAGAAAGACCAUCCGAAACCAAGAAUUCUCCAUUUCCUCUCCCAUCCAUUGUCCACGACGAUAUUCCGGACAUAUUGCGAGAUCUGAUUCGUAUCCAAGAGGAAAGCGCGCGGUUGAAUCGCCGUCUACUGGCUGUUUUGAGUUCGGCAGGAGAGCACCAGAUCGAUUUGUGA